AUGGAUCACGUCCAAGCUCAGAUGGCUCACCAGGCCAGCACAGAAACCGCAUCCCUCUUCACUCCCCUCAACCUCAUCCUCCUCAGCGCAGUCUUGUACACAACCUACGCAAUGCUACGCUCCUCGCCUCCUCCAUCUCUCCCACGCGACACCCCCUCGGCCGUUUUCCGAACCUACACCCCCCAUACGCUGCUCCCCUUCAACGGCGAGGAGAACCGUCCUGUGUUCCUCGCCGUGCGCGGCCGUGUCUUCGAUGUCACUCCCGGUCGUAACUUUUACGGCCCCGGCGGUCCUUAUAGUAACUUUGCUGGUCGGGACGCCAGCCGUGGUCUUGCGUGCGGGAGCUUUGAUGAGGAUAUGCUUACUGAGAAUCUUGACGGUCCUCUUGAUAAACUUGAGGGUUUAGACGGGGAGCAGAUGGAGGCGUUGCAGGGAUGGGAGGAGAGGUUCUUGGAGAAGUACAACGUUGUUGGAAAGCUUGUUUCUGUGAAGGACUAUGAGGCAGAGACGAAGGCUUAA